AUGAAAAAUACAAUUUUGCUACGUUUUCUUUCAACGUGUCGAGCGGCGGACCAGCCAGAUAUCCCUUUCUCUUGGGGGCUUUGCGAGUUGGCGCAAACCACCCACUGCUUGUCUGCCUUUUCUUCUCCGAAACAUAUUUCUUCGCUGUGUACCUGGAAACGGAAACGGCUGGAGUCGCUAACUUUCGUCCAGUUCGCCACUUCACUGCGGCGGGUUAUUGCUAGGAAGUACGGUUUCGCAGCGUGUGGAAGAGUUUGA